AUGGAGGUGUGCGAGAGCCUCUGUUUCCUCUGCCCCGACCUGCGGACCAGGUCUCGGCACCCUGUUAAGCGCUACAAGAAGUUGCUCGCCGAGAUCUUCCCCAAGUCCCAGGAUGAGCCGCCUAAUGAUCGAAAGAUAGGCAAAUUGUGCGAAUACGUUUCGAAGAAUCCACUCCGUGUUCCCAAGAUCACGGUUUAUUUGGAGCAAAAGUUCUUCAAAGAAUUGAGAGCUGAGCGUUAUGGCUCAGUGAAAGUUGUAAUGGCGAUUUACCGAAAGGUGAUAUGUUCUUGUCAGGAGCAACUGCCCCUUUUUGCCAAUAGCUUACUAACCAUCGUAGAGACCACACUGGAGCAAAAUAGACAUGAUGACUUACGGAUACUAGCCUGUCAAACACUUUUUGACUUUGUAAACUACCAGAUUGACAGCAGCUACAUGUUCAAUCUAGAGAGCCAAAUUCCCAAACUAUGUCAACUGGCCCAAGAGUUGGGUGAGAAGGAGAAGAUAUCCAUUCUUCAUGCAGCUGGGCUCCAAGCCCUUUCAUCCAUGGUUUGGUUUAUGGGUGAACACUCCCAUAUCUCUGCCGAACUGGACAAUGUUGUCUCUGCAGUUCUGGAAAACUAUGAGAGCCCAUAUGCAAAUUCUGAGAAUAAUGAUGACACUGUCGAGGAAAAAAGAAGUCGCUGGGUGAAUGAAGUACUCAAAGCUGAUGGUCAUGACCCUCCCGGUGUUACCAUUUUGGCGAGGGUUUCUUCAUGGAAAGAUAUUAGAGCUGCACACGGUGCAUUGAAUUUGACAAUAGAAGAAACAGGAAGUCAGAAUUUCUGGUCAGGGAUUUGUCUUCACAACCUUGCUAGAAUAUCCAGGGAAGCGACAACUAUCCGUCGAGUUCUGGAGACAAUAUUUCGUUAUUUUGAUAAUAACAACGUGUGGUCACCUUCCAAGGGACUUGCACUGUGUGUCCUUCUGGAUAUGCAGAUUGUGAUGGAGAAAUCUGGACAGAAUGCGCAUAUAUUGUUGUCCAUGUUAGUCAAGCAUCUUGAGCACAAGAAUGUAUCGAAACUUCCAGAUAUGAUUGUAGACAUCAUUGAAGUUACAUCACGCCUUGCUGAGCAUUCCAAAGCACAAUCUUCUACUGCAAUAAUGUCUGCGAUAAGUGAUAUGGUGAGGCAUUUGGGUAAAAGUAUGCAAUCCCUGGACAGUGAUGCUGGUGCUGGAGAUGAUAACAAAUGGAAUAACAGAUAUCGGAAAGCUGUAGAUGAAUGUCUUGUUCAAUUGUCUAAGAAGGUUGGUGAUGCUGGACCUAUCCUUGACACAUUAGCUGUAGUACUGGAAAAUAUUUCAAGUACCACACCUGUUGCACGGUCAACCAUUUCUGCAGCAUAUCGUACCGCCCAGAUAAUUGCUUCAUUGCCAAACUUGGCAUAUAAGAGCAAAGCAUUUCCCGAAGCAUUGUUUCAUCAACUGAAUAUGGCGAUGGUCUAUCCAGAUUGCGAGACCCAUUUAGGGGCGCAUCGGAUUUUCUCUGUUGUUCUUGUUCCCUCUUCUGUCUCUCCAUGCUCAUUCUCAGGAACUCCACAGACGAGCAAAAAUAAUCUUCACAGGACAUUAUCCAGGCAAUCAUCAGUUUUCGCAUCUUCUGCGGCUAUAUUUGGGAAGCUAAAAAGAGAUGUGUUUUCGUUUCGCGAAAGUCCACGCCGGGAUAGCACAAAUCUAAUGCCCAUCAGUGAGGACUCGGAUCAGGGCACUGAGAAUGAGCCAAAAAUGUUUAAGUCUCAGACUCUCCAAAGGAUGACUAGUACAAAAGAUACCUCUUCACCGUUUGCAACAGAAUUAAGUAACUCCGAUGGACCUACUCAGGAAACAGAACCAGUCAUUCUCAUGCUGAGUGCACGUCAGGCAAAUCUUCUGCUUUCCUCGCUAUGGACUCAGGCAUUGUCACCUGAAAAUGCUCCUCGAAACUAUGAAGCAAUUUCACAUACUUACAGCUUGAUGCUACUAUUUUCUGAAGCCAAGAACUCACGUCUAGAAGUUAUGGUUGGCAGCUUUCAGCUCGCUUUUUCAUUAAGAAGUAUUUCGUUACACGCAGGUUUUCUGCCACCAUCACGCAGGCGCUCUCUUUUUACUUUGGCAACAUCUAUGAUUGUGUUCUUUUCAAAAGCUUUUAAUGUUCCUACACUCAUUCCAGUUGUUAAAGAUUUGUUGACUGAAAGUACGGCCGAUCCAUUUCUUCAUUUAGUUGAAGACCUCAGAUUGCAAUCUGUUGACAGUGCAGCCUAUGGUUCGAAAGAAGAUGACGAGCUUGCUCUGAAAUCUCUCUCUCAUAUCAACAUGAAUGAUCAGUCAAAACAAAUAGCAGUUUCCAUUAUACUUGAUAGCUUGGAGCUGUCUGAGUCAGAAUUGAAUACUGCAAGAAACCAGUUGUUUGAGGAUUUCGCUGCAGAUGAUGUUUGUCCUAUUGGUUCUCAUUUCAUUGCAUCUCCUUCAAAAUCCCAUGCAUACAAUGCGAAGAUGCACCAAAAAUCCUUGGAGGUUAUUCCAAUGGGGUUUGUUUUCGAGGAUGAUACCUUUGUUGAACCUGACAGUUUAGCAGAACCUCAGUCCCGAAAUCCAUCGGAUAAUAGUCUUCUUGACGUGAAUCAGCUUCUCGAAUCAGUUGUGGAAACAUCCCGGAAUGUUGGAAGAUUGUCGGUAUCAACAAAUCAUGACUUGACUUUUAAGGAUGUAGCCAACCAAUGUGAAGCUCUCUUAAUCGGAAAGCAGAAAAAGUUAUCUGUCUGCAUGAGUGCCCACCAACAAGAGGUUGGUGAACUAUCUACCGGGAAGCUUGAGUCAUCUGAGCCAGAUUCUCCAACAAAUGGGCUAAUUCUGGUCACAAACGAUGACCAGUGUUACUCCAAUUUCUGCAAGCUACCGGUCUUGAAUCCUUAUGACAAGUUCCUCACAUCCGCUGGCUGCUAAGAAAACGCUGACACGCCAUCCAUGAUGCACAAAUAGAGGGUACGGGAUACCUCGGAAAGUUACCAGUUUUCAGCAUACUGUGGUUCUAGCUCCAUGCAUCAAGCAUGACCCAUCCAAACCGAGUAA